CUGCAUCUUGCUGCCCACAAGGGUCAUCUCCACGUUGUCCAGAUUUUGUUGAAAGCAGGUUGUGACCUGGAUAUUCAGGAUGAUAUAUGUUCUUUAAAACACAAUAAGAGCCGUAAGAAUUAGUUGAAGAAUGACCUCCAGUGGCCUGGAGUGGGAUUAUUAUGAAUUUCAACCUGUGGAGUCCAGCUCUGUAGAGUACGCAACCCCAGGAGCUAAUUCUUUCCUUCUCCCUGCCAAUACUGAAAACUCUUACUGGGAUCCCAAUGCAAUCUCUGAGUGGUCAAUGAGUAUCCAUACAGCACACACUUCAGAAAUAGUCAAGGAGAAGGUUGUCUCGGUGAAGGAGAUCAAGGAUGAAAAAGAUAAGAAAAACCAGAAGAGAAAGGCUAGAAAGGAACCUAGAAGAUCAGAAAGAGAGAAGGAGGGUGAUCAGACAGCAUUGCACCGGGCUGCUGUUGUAGGGAACACCGAUGUCAUAGCAACUCUCAUUCAAGAGGGGUGUGCUUUGGACAGACAAGACAAGGACGGGAACACUGCUCUUCAUGAAGCUUGUUGGCAUGGAUUCAGUCAGUCUGCCAAACUGCUCGUUAAAGCAGGAGCUAAUGUUCUUGCCAGGAACAAGGCAGGUAACACACCUCUUCACCUGGCUUGCCAAAAUAGCCAUUCCCAGAGUACUCGUGUUUUAUUGCUUGGAGGAUCUCGAGCAGAUCUCAAAAAUAAUGCAGGAGAUACCUGUCUGCAUGUGGCUGCUCGUUAUAAUCACUUGCCCAUCGUUAGGGUGCUGCUCAGUGCUUUCUGUUCAGUCCAUGAAAAGAACCAGGCAGGAGAUACUGCGCUCCAUGUAGCUGCUGCUCUAAAUCACAAAAAGGUGGUUAAGCUGUUGCUGGAGGCAGGGGCUGAUACAUCAGUUGUCAACAAUGCAGGUCAGACCCCUUUAGAGGUUGCCAGGCAGCACAAUAACCCUGAAGUUGCGCUUCUCCUCACUAAAGCAUCACAGGUCUCACGCUUUAAUCGUGGAAGAAGCCUGAGAAAGAAGAGAGAGAGACUGAAGGAGGAAAGGCGGGCUCAGUCCGUACCACGAGAUGAAGUGGUACAGAGCAAGGGCAGUAUCUCAGCUGCUGAUGACACUCAGAGCAGCGACCAGCCACCCCAGAGGAAAAGCGAGCUGAAAGAUGAACCCCGGUCAACUUCACCAGACCCCAAAGGGAAGAAGGGCAAAAAGAAAAAACCAAAAGAAAAGGUUUCAGCACUCUCAGACCCCAUUUCCCCAGCUGAUCAGCAGACACUCCCUCAGCCCCAGCAAAGCUUGCCUAAACGCAGAAGUAAACAUCGCUGCUCCUCUCCGCCGCCUCCCCAUGAGGUCCGAGCCUACCAGCUGUACACGCUCUAUCGAGGAAAGGAUGGGAAAGUAAUGCAGGCACCAAUAAAUGGAUGUCGUUGUGAGCCUCUGAUAAAUAAACUGGAGAAUCAACUGGAGGCAACUGUGGAAGAGAUAAAAGCUGAGUUUGGGACAGUACAAGAUAAGAUGAAUGUUAAGCUGGGCCAGAUGGAAAGCAAGACUCAACACCAACUCCGUGUUUUAGAUAAGCUCAUGGCUGAGCGGCUGUCUGCAGAGAGAACAGAGUGCCUUCAUCGCCUUCAGCAGCACACUGAGCUGGAAAAAAAUGAGGGGGAGAAACGGCAGAUUUCCUUGGUCGAUGAGCUGAAGACUUGGUGCAUGUUAAAGAUUCAGAAUCUGGAGCUCAAGCUUUCUGGCGAUUCCAGGUCAUCAAGACCAAAAUCAACUUUGUCUACUUGUGAGUCUCUCACUGAGACCCUGGACACCGAGAACAACGCCCACAGCACUAAGGAUGGUAAAGCCCAGCAGGCCACGCUGCAGGCAGAGGGCUCCCACCAGCAUUCCUAUAUUACGCUUCCAAAUAAUCUCUCACAAGAUGGGGCAAGGAGUGGAGUCCAGAUGCCAGAACAGAGCUUUGGACAACAUUUUUGUGUUCAACAAGAUGGUGCAUCAGGUGCAGAGCAACAGUUAAUCACUGCUGGACCAGCCUCUUCUUCAGCCCCCGCCCAAGAUGUCAGGCCAAAGGACAAAGAUGCUAGUGCCAGCACUUCCCAUACGUUUCCGCAGGAAUUCCCCUCGUCGGGGUCCAAACUAAGACACGUUAAGGUUCAGCCUGCUUUGCAGCCCUUGACUGACCCAGCAAAGACCGAAGCACCGAGUGGCUACUUUAUCGACAAAGGAACCCAGACAAAGAAACCCAGCAAAAGCGGGCAGAUACGGCACAAAGCUCUGCACCACCCAGGGGCCCAUCAGAGCCAGCAGCAGCAGCCCUCUGCUGUGCCUGUGGGGCAGCAGCCUGCCCCUCCGCUCAGAGACACCUCCCAGGCGCUGGAGAUAACGCAGUACUUUUUUGAGGCCGUUUCCACUCAGAUGGAGAAGUGGUAUGAACGGAAGAUUGAGGAAGCCCGCUGCCAAGCUAAUCAAAAAGCACAGCAAGACAAAGCUGCGCUCAAAGAGCAUAUUAAAAGUUUAGAAGAGGAGCUCAGUAAAUUAAGGACUAAGGUGCAGAAGGAGAGCUAGCAUCCACAAAGCAGGUAAAGACAAGCAGUGGGGCUCAUUUUGGAACCUACUGCAUAGGAGUCUGGAAUAUUGAUAAAUAUCUAUGAUGUAGUGCCUGUUACAAACAAACAAACAAACAAAAAGCUCUUUUUCAGGACUAGAAGUAAGUUGAGAAGCUCCAAAACCAAGCAGGAGAAAUGCACAGACUCUUUGUAUUGAUGACAAUGAUAUGCUGCAAAUUAGAUCCUUUCUUUCUUAUUUCCAGGAGCCCAUUAAUUGUUGCACUCACAACUUCCAGGUGCUGCUUGAAAACAAACUGCAUUAAAAACCAAAAUUGCUUUCUGAAAAGGGAAUUUUCUUAUUCCACAUCAUAGGUCAUAUGUGGCUAGAGGGUUCCACUGAAUGUUAAGAUGUCAUGAUACCAGUACUGAAAUAAAUUUGCAAUAUUGGGUUUGACAGAAAUUCCUCAGUGAUAAAGGGCUGUUGAUACUAUUUUAGCUACUUCCCACGGCCUCUCUCUAGUCAGUGGAGAGAAGCUACAGAAGCUGACUGAAAUUGAGCCUAACAUAGGUGAAAGAUGCAGGCUCCCAGCUGGGAGAGGCCAGGCUUCCACCUACCUGAGGCAGAUACUAAGAUGCUACCUGAGUCAUCCCACUGGGUACAGAGGCUUCUGUUGCCGUUUUACUUUGCCUUUGGUUUAUAUUAUUAACAUAAAUGCUACGUUAAACUUGUUUUUAAUGGUUUCCUAGUUGCACAGCUCCUUGCACUUGCGCGGUUGUUGGGGCUAUGCUCAAGUAAUCUGACUGAAAAAAUUCUUUUAGGGCAUGGAUGGCAAAUAUUUUAUUAAAUCCAUGCUAUACUGGCUGUCAUGUAUAAUUUUUAUAUAAAUACCUCUUCCUUCGAGCAGCACAUGUCUAAAUUCUCUACUAGUACUGAAGGAGCAUGAGAAAGUCCUACACCUAAAAAAAAAAAAAGUGAAAGCUUGGUUCCCUGUACCUGUAUUUGUUUUCCUGCAGGGUCUGGGGUCUCCCCCAGACACCUUGUCCAAACUGUCUUCCUUAGUUCCUCCAAGUAAUUCCUCUCUCUGGUUUUCUUCCUGUAUCUAUAAAAAAGAGCAAUCAAGCCCUUGCAAGUCUGCAAGACUUAGGACUGAUUUCACAAAUAGUUCCACAAAACAGAACUCAACAACAUUUUAAAACAUGUUUUGGACAUAUUUUGCCAAAAAAGUUAAGACUUGCAGUCAUCAAUGUCUGCCAGGCUGACAGACUCCAAAUUGCAGUUCACUGAGGGCCGUUUUCAAUUCCAUGCUGCAACAAUAACAACACCUAAAUUCCUCAGCCACCGUUGGGCCGGUGUGCUAUAUGCUGCAUAAACUAGAGCCACCGUCCCUUUUAGGUUUCCUCUGUAUACCUCUGAGAGGGCUCCAUCCAAUUCUAUUAAUAAAAGGAAGAUUACUUAGCAGAUAAUGAUAAAACAACUGUUCAAAACAAUUCAAAUAUAAAAUGGUACAGUUAUGCCUACCAGAAGGAUACAUUCUUUCUAUACUGUGGAACCCUGAACAGAAGACAACACACUUAACAGUAUUGAAGAUACCAGUAAAUGAGUAAUAAUUAAGCUUUUGUCUUCUUAGCAGAUGUAUAAAGCAAAUAAAAUUGUAUUAUAUUACAGUCUUUAUUUUUUUUUAAUUCCCAUUAAUGCACUAUCAAGUACAGUGUAUCUGUAGCUAUGGAAACACUAGUUUUGUUGCUCUGACUUCUGUAGUCAAAUAUAGACACUUUCAUAUGUUUACAGUUUUGUUUAAGCUACUGUAGCAAUGCAGCAGCAUGCUAUUUAAUUUUUGUAUCAUCUUGAUAAAGUGAAUGUUUUGCCAAUUAAGUAAACUAAGUGUUGUUCAGAAGUCUGUGUUGUAAUGUUUUUUAUCCAGAGAAAUUUGAGAAAAUCCCCUCCCUUACAUCAGGCGGGGAAGCAGAAAAUUGGACUUCAAAUUUUAGGCUUGUGUUUGGCACAGCCUUGGCUAAAUCACUAUAUGUUUGUAGCUAUAAAACAUGGAAACCAGGUCUACCAGCUAUCCCAGAGCAAGGCUGCAGGGACUGGCUGGGAUUUGCUAGCUGAUGCGAUCACUUGGCAUUUAAGAAGUUAUCCCCACGCUGCUGAGUUGCGCAGCUGACCAUGCACAUGGUCCUGGUCUAGCACAAACGCAAAGGAACCACAAAGGAUGUGGCUGAAUCUACUUCACAUAUGAAUUGUAUUACCAGCGUAGCCACUGACAGAUCAGGUUCUGUAUCCUAGCUGAGGAACAGUAGUUUAAGACAGGAACUUGGCUGCAGAGUUCUGAUUUUAGCGGUUUUAUGGCAGCAACAAGUACUUUUCUGUAGAAUAACAGCAGGCAUUUUCUGAUACUUCCUUUUUACUCCUGUGUUAUCCUCCCUCCUUCAAAACUACUGGAGUUGAAGGAGUUCUUUACAAAAUACCUGUAUUAUCUGCCUUUCUCGCAAGUACGCACUUGGAAUAAAUUUACUUGCCCUAGAAGAGUGUACACGGACUCCUAAAGGUUUCUGGCAGGCAACUUUAUCUUGACAACAGAGGAGCCCACAAAUCGCUGAAAAAAAAAUCACAGACAGCAGAGCUAAGGAAGACAGCCAAUUGACAGGGUAUUGCCCGUCAAGACCUCUUCUUGGACUAUAUGGAUAAUAUGCAACACAACCUAACUGUGAACAAACUGGAGUCAAAGGAGUAGUGCAGACUUAGGUUUCUAAAUGGAAACAACCGUGAUUAGGUGGCAGUGUGAAGUCUUCUUAUUCCAGAAUACAAAUUAAAUCACUUGCUGAAGGGAAGGAGAUGGUUACAUGUGAGAACAACCAGACAUUGAUGACAACUUUGUUCAGUAAAAAUUCCUUUCUCAGCAGUAUUUUAUCAGAACACAGAAGGAAUCCAGUAACUUGCUGAAAGAAGGAAAUAAAAAGAUCUUUACACAUGCCAGAGCUGCAUGCUUACAGCUGUCACCACUUUCUGGGGCUCCAAAAUCUACCAGCAUCACCGUCCUCUGGUGUUGUCUGGAGCCCCAACAACGCUAUCUAUCACCUUUACCCACACGUGGGACAAGAAUCUGACACUAGUUACAUUACUCAUUUUGCCUUUUAGCUACUGCCAGUGUAGUUCCCAUAUCAAUUUAAAUAUGUGCUUCUGACAAAAAGGAUCAUUUGUAUUUUUUCCUCAUGUGUGGAUGUUCAUGCCUGCCCUUCUCGCCCUCAGACGGGUGUAAGUAAGUGUUCAUACCGGUGCCUCGUUUAUGUGGAUCAGCUCUUGUAUAGCUCACCCCACACAAUACAAACACCUGGGCAAGGACUGCUCCUCUCUGCAGCGAUGCCAGCAUAUGCCCGUUUGAAUUGUUGAGAGCCCCCGUGCACUGCAGGAGCCUCAGUUACCAAGACAGGUCAGGGCCCUGGCAAUACAACUGUGAACCUCUGCUAGCACAGUUAAAAAUACAGUUUUGGACUCUGAUUUCUACAGCUUUAAUUGCUUGAACUCAUACUGUGAAAUUUCAGAGACUGUGGGAUGCAUUUCUUGUAACAGAAACAUACCUUACCAUCAUUUGUUAUCUAUCUAUCUAUCUUCACUGUUCUUUUCCGUUUCCCACAGCCUUUUAUUUGCUGAAAACCAACAUUAAAACAAUAGUCCCUCAAAGCCUGGUAGUCGCUACCGGCUCUUCCAGCACAGGCUUUUACAUACUAAUAUUUGAAACAGUAACAAGAAAUUUUCUAUUUUAAAAGACUAAACUAGAAAAAAAAUGAUUUUUUCUGAUUAAAACUUAAGGUGUUUUAAUAAAUGGCGACAGUGAUUUUGUGAGUUUAGAGGGGGCAGAACAGUGCAGAAAUAAGCUUCAAGGCAUAACAGUCUAAAACAGCAUCAGUAAGAAGAGCUACCUACCCUCUAGUAUCUCAGCAAAGAUGCAGCAUUACCGACAAGGACUGCAGGAGUCUGCCUAAGAAGAGUGGAAAAAGACCACCUCCACAAAGAAAACAAAUACUUCUACUGAAAACUUAUUUUUCCCCACUAAAUAUUAGCUGAGAGAACCAAAACUAAAACUUGA